AUGGCCUCUGAGGAAUGUGAUGCGCUCCAGAAUGACGAACUCACCGUCCUUGAGUCCAUCUAUCCUACCCUUCUAACGACCCACCCCAAUCCCCAAAGCAAGCCAGGUCGUCUUCUGACUCUCACCCUUCCUAUAACACUCCCAGCAUCCACACAGACACAUCUCUCAUCAACCUUCAAACCCCGGCAGAGCCAUUCAGAGACGCCCACAGGUACUUUGACUCUCGACCACCUUCCUCCUCUAAUACUUCGAGUUUUGCUACCCCCGAUCUAUCCUCUGUCUUCUCCGCCGCAUUCAAUAUCCCUUCGUGCCCCUCUACCUCAGUCUGAAUCGGUAGAGAAUAAAGGGAAUUGGUUGCCGAAGAGCGUACUAAAGUCGUUCGACAGUAUGCUCGGACAAAUGUGGCGGGAGGAAAAGGAAGCUAUGGGAGAGGGUCAGGGAGUGAUAUGGAAGUGGAUGGAGUGGAUCGUCAACGGCGAUUGUCUAGCUGAAUCUGGAAAGAUCGUAGACGGUGUGCUCAAUCUUGUUGUACCUCCAACUACAAAUUCCUCGGCAUUCCUUGCGUCACUCAAAUCCUACGAUGCUACACAGAAACACUCUGAGUUCGAAAGAACGGCCUUUUCCUGCUCGAUUUGCUGGGAGAAUAGAAAGGGUAACAAAUGCGUUCAACUAGAAUGCGGGUGUAUCUUUUGCACACAAUGUCUGAGCGAUUGCUGGACGUUGGCCAUCACAGAAGGCACCCUUGAAUCCGUCGCAUGCCCAAGUCCACUAUGCGUCAAGCAACGCGCCUUGCGUGACAAGAUGGACUCUUCCUCCGAUGUCCCUUCAGACCUUCUUGAGAGUGUCGUUGGGCCGGAACUGAAAGAGAGAUGGGCGAAUUUGAAGGAAAGGAGAAUGGCAGAAAUCGAUCCUUCGUAUACCGUCUGUCCAAGACCGACUUGUCAGGCCGCCGUACCCCCUCCCGCCAUGCCCGAUACACCCACCUCAGCCGCCCCUUCCUCCUCCAAAGUCAUCCGCCUAGCAGACAUCUCAUCCAACCCUGCUCCCUCCGAUCCCGCCCCACCAGAAGCACCGAUAGCUAAAGAAGACCGCUGGGCAGCAUACCGAUCCUGCCCCAAAUGCCACUUUUCAUUCUGCCUCUACUGUGCUUCCACCUGGCACGGCCCACAUACCGCAUGUUCCUUCCCCCAAGUAUCCGGGAUAGUGAAAGAGUACCUCAGUCAUCCCGAGGGGAGUAUGGAGAGGGCGAGGAUCGAGAAACAGAAGGGCAAGGCGAAUAUCGAUAGGCUGGUCAGGCAGUGGCAGGAAGAUGAGAUGAAUAGGCAGUGGCUUGAAGGCCGAACGAGAGCGUGUGCUGGGUGUGGUGUGCGUGUGGAAAAGAGCCACGGCUGUAACCACAUGACAUGCGGUCGUUGUAACGCCCACUUCUGCUACCGCUGUGGCGACUCGAUCUCUCCUUUGGACCCAUAUCAGCACUUCAACACCCCCGGCAGACCAUGUUUCCAGAAACUGUUCGAAGUGGAUAGUCUGGGGGAACCCAUCAAUGUUGUAUUGCCUGAACCAGAAGUAGAAGGGACGGGAGAUGAUUUCGACGAGAUGGACCAGUGGGAUAUGAGGUUGUUGGUAGAGUGGUAG